AUGGGCGUCGCGUUCAGCAGCCUGUGGGCCUCGCUCUUUGGGCAGAAGGAGCUCAAAAUAUGUAUCUUGGGCCUUGAUAAUGCAGGCAAGACCACGAUUAUGUAUAAAAUGACGCUGGGCUCGGUCGUGGCGACGGCGCCGACGAUCGGCUCGAAUACCGAGACGUUUGAGUACAAGAACCUCAAGUUCCUGCUGUGGGACGUCGGUGGACAGACGUCGCUCCGUGCGAGCUGGGCCCAGUACGUGACUUCGACUGAUGCGCUCAUUUUUGUGGUCGACAGUAAUGACCGCGAUCGCGUGUCGCUGGCGCGCGCAGAGCUGCACAGGAUUGCGGCGGAUGAAAACUUGGAGCGCGCGCCGAUCCUCGUGUGGGCGAACAAGCAGGACGUGCGCGGUAGCAUGUCGUCCUCUGAAAUAUCCGAUGCCCUCAACCUGUCGUCGUUCCGCGAUCGGACGUGGCAGAUUUUCGGAUGCUCGGCCCUCACCGGCAAAGGCAUCACAGCCGGUCUCGAUUGGCUGGCCACGACGCUGUCCAGCAAGCCACAAUAG